GAAUUGAAUGACUGUUCUUCUCUAAUUAUGGUUUGAGGAUUAUCACAGUGUUGUGUAAUGUUAUUCGUCUGCUGGCUGUCACAAUUUCAUUAAAUUGCCGUAUUUCAGAGUGUAGCCUAUAAUAUUUGCUUUGUGUUUAAUUUCAAACAGUUUUAAAAGGUCAUUCUUAGGCUUGCUCUUGUUCCCUCACUACAAAUAUGAGGUGGGGGGCAGCGUGUAGGAGGAAUUACGAUCAGGCAACUCAUAAACCCACUACAAGCACAUUCUCUGGGAAUUGUUGAGCUCUUUUGGUUCUUGAAGACAUGUCACAACAUCAGAGACCAUCAGAAAACAAUAUGAUGACUGCAGUGUGUAUUGACACACCAGGAGGACCAGAGAGUAUGCUGUUGAGGAAUGUCCCCAGACCUCAACCUGAACAUGGAGAAGUCCUCAUGAGAGUCCAUGCAACCGCUCUGAACAGGGCUGACACAUUGCAGAGGAAAGGACUGUACCCCGCUCCACCUGGUGAGAGUGAGGUCCUGGGUCUGGAGGCAGCUGGUACGGUGGCCAGCGUUGGCCCAGGGGUUAGGCAGAGCUGGGGGCUAGGGGACCGGGUCAUGACCCUACUCUCUGGAGGAGGGUAUGCCGAGUAUGUGGCUGUUCCAGAGGAGCUUCUCAUGUCUAUCCCCACUCAUCUCACUGUAUACCAGGCUGCUGCCAUACCAGAGGCCUGGCUCACUGCAUUUCAGCUCCUGCACUUCGUAGCUCAGGUGAAGGAAGGAGAGAUAGUGUUGGUGCAUGCUGGGGCCAGUGGGGUGGGGACUGCCGCUGUCCAGCUGGUCCGAUUGGCUGGGGCUAUUCCCAUAGUUACUGCAGGAAGCUCUGAGAAACUACAGAUGGCAGAGACACUGGGAGCCGCUGCUGGUUUCAACUACAAACAUGAGGACUUUGCAAAGAAAGUUAGUGAUUUUACAGCAGGCAGAGGAGCAAACGUCAUCCUGGACUGCAUUGGUGGGUCCAACUGGGAGAGGAACGUGGCCUGUCUGGCCACAGAUGGACGAUGGGUGCUGUAUGGCUGCAUGGGUGGAAAGACUGUGACAGGAGACAUACUGGGCAAGCUGCUGUCCAAACGAGGACAGCUCCUCUGUAGUCUCCUCAGGUCACGCCGUCUGCAGUAUAAAGCAGAUCUGGUGAGAGCCUUCUCAGAAAGGGCCCUACCUCACUUCUCAGACCCGACUAGCUCCCCCUGCCGCCUGAGGCCUGUAAUCGACAGCAUGUUCAGUCUGGACCAGGUAGCUGAUGCUCACAGACACAUGGAAGCCAAUAGAAACACGGGAAAGAUUGUAAUCAAUGUCAUGAACCCACAAUGAUGGGACCUCUAGUGACGGUGUCAUCUUUCCAUCUAGCUCCAAACUCAACAUUUGGUUGAGCAACUUGGUUUAUGACCAUUCACCUCUAUAACAAAAUAAAAUGUUAUUUGUCACAUGCGCCGUAUAUAACAGGUGUAGACUUUAAAAUGAAAUGAUUACUUACAAGCCUUUAACCAACAAUGCAGAGCUAGAAUGUAAGAAAAAGGGAAAUAGCAACACAAUAAAAUAAUGAGGCUAUAUACAAAGAGUACCUGUACCGAGUCAAUGUGCAGAGGUACGAGGUAGUUGAAUGCAUAUGUCCUGAAUGUUAUAAGGUGACCGAGUUGAUAAAUACUGUGUUGAAAGCUAGAUAUAAAGCUUUCUUGUUUCCUACUUAAGUAACUAUGGUGACAGUGUCUCCUCACUCUCCUCACCUUAACAGUAUUUGUAUCACCUUCUGUUUAUUGUUCAGUCAAAUUAUGCAUAUUAUCUGUGAUUUAUCUGUGAUUUCAUUAUAAACAAGAAUAAACAAUUUUUUUUCUCUCAACAAGAACAAUCAA